CCUUUCGUAUAAUUUACGUAGUUCUCUUGAUUGAAGUUCUAAAACUAAUGUUUAGGUAUGGCUUUGUAGAGUAUUUCGUGGCGCAUCUUUUAAAAAAAACACUAAUAUUAGGAUCCUAAAGGAACACAAGAAAAAUAGAAAAUACUAAGAGGCUCAUUCAUUAUGACGCACUCGAUAGAAACUUCCAUAAUUCUACAGCCAAUAAACAUCAUACGGAAUAUCAAUUACACUCAUAAAUCUAGUUUUUGAUGGGCUUUAACCUGGUAUAAAUACUUUCUGAUAUUAUCUGUCCUUUAGGUCGUGUAGGGGGGGAGAAAAAGGUUAUGUUACACCGUGUAUAAGUAAUAUAUUUAAUCAUUAAGUUAAUAAACUGAAAAAUGUGUUUUUAAGGUGAAUAAUUUAAUUAGAAAUAAAAAGAUUAAUCCUACGUUUUUUUUCAUUUUUAAACUAACCAACUUUAUUGAGACGUUUCAUUCUUCACUCAGAACAUCAGCAGUCAAAAUGAUCCAUGUGUGCGUCAUACAGUGUCAUAGUAAACACUGUAUGACUAUUUUACUUAACAAAAUUUGUUUAUUUAUCAAAGUAUAUAUAAUAUUUUGCUUAGAAAAUAAAAUUUUUGUUUAAAAUUUAAAUAAAAUAUUCAGGAAAAAGAUAAUAUUUUACUUAGCAUUUAAAUGAGAGUCAAUUUUAAGUUCUGAGCAUUUGUUAGUUUUAAGCUGUAUUCAUCUAACAAAGAUAGUUUUGUAAAUGAAUAAUUGACUAAAAUAAAUUUGUUCUUUUUAUUGUUAUUUCUGAUUUUGUUUUAAAAUAAAAUAGUAAUGCAACAAAUAUAUCGUAGCCACCACCGCAAGCAGAAAUAAUUCCUGUUUUAUUCGUUUAAUCGGCCAUUGAGUACUUUUGCAGUAAGUUUCUGUUUGUUUCAUUCUAUGCAAAUGACAGAUAUAACUUUUCGUUCUUUUGUAUGAAAUGCCGACCUUCUAGAUCAAAUAAUAAAAAAAGGUACACAACAAAAUUUAUUUUCGAUUAUGAUCAAUCGGCAAGGAUAAUGAAAAGAGCGAAAAGAGCGAGUUUAUAACCACUUAUAGUUAACAACGUGUUUGAAUAGUUAAGUACUUAAACACAGUUUCAUUGUAUUUCUGACUUUAUGAUCAUCAUCUUCGAAAGUAUAUAGACUGUCAUUUCCAGUCAAAACAGAUAAUAAAAAAAAGUGAAAAAAAUCCUGAUCAUGCAUAGCUGAUCAAUGAAUCUUAGGUGUUUUUUGCACAGAUAGUCUUGACAGCCAGACUAUAUCAUUAGUCUCAGUGUGUAUUUUACACAUGUACGUCAUGUGUUCUAGACAAUCACUGGGAGUUGACUUGGCGUUCACUUUCACUGUGCCAUUUGCACGCUUGUUGUUUUUACAGUGUAACAAAACGUUCUUUUCAAGAUUUGUCCAUCGCUAUUGACCUAUGUUUAUAAUGACCGAGAUAUAAAUUUUUCCCGAAAGACCUAUGAAAAACCUGUCAUUUUUUAACUUGGUAGCACACGUAUAAUAAUCUCUGACACAAAAACUGGUUCUCCUUGAAAAUCGCAUCUAAAAUUUACCGGUAUCAAAGGCGUGAAACGUUUGUGUCUCAGAAAUGGGUUCAAGUCUCAUCUUUCAACGUAUCUCUGUCUGAAGGAAAGCGAACUGUUUUAGGAUUCAACGAUGGUCGCAAAACACUUUUCAAAUAUAUCAUUCGAUAGAGAAUUUGACGGGCUACAAAAUGAUAUAUAAGAUAGCCUUAAGAAAAUGUAAAUGAGUACUCUCAGAUUCCAAAAUACUCGGUAGCAUCUCAGCGAAUUGAUAAGUCAAUGUCGUUCAUGUUUAUAAUAUCCAUUGAUUUUGUCGUUAACCACCCUAUUUUAUAUAUCAUUCGAUAGAGACUUUCAUAGGCUUCAAAAUGAGUUAUAAAUAAGUCUUUCAAAAGUAUCCCCGCAUGGGUCAAUAGUUGAAAUACUUGGCCGAUAUAAUGAUUUUUAUCUACCUUAGUGCUUGUAACACUGCUGGUUCUGUUGUUUAUCUUUCUCUGUUUCUCUGUUUUUGAUCUUUCAGUAAAGGUUGGAAUCAAUCUGAAUAUUCUUUUGAAUAGCCUGAAGAUUUUUCUAUCAUAUGAGAUGCGUAUUGCCGUUUCAUGAGAAAAGGUGAUAAUAGGGUUUCAGGAAAACCUGACCGCUAGAAAACCAAGUCCUUGAUUUUUAGCCAGACAGUUUUCGAAACCAUACAGCCGGAUAGAGCAUAGAAUUCUGAGAAAAAUAAGACAUCUCCGGGUGGUCUACAAUGCUUUUUCACUGGAUUUGUUUGAUAGUUUGAUAGUUUGUAAUCAUCCGUAAAUCGGCUGUAGUUGCGUGAAGAAGCAUUGUAAACCGCCCGGAGAUGUCUUAUUUUCUCAGAAUUCUAUGCUCUAUCCAGCUGUAUGGUUUUGAAUUCGAAACCACAGGCGGCAAAAACAGAAGAGGCUCAGUUACAUAUCACUAUUAGUUCUGAUAAGCGAGCAAAAAUAAUAAUUUAACAAACAUUUUUGUGUUAAUCACUCUUAACCUUAAAAAACUUAUUACUACUUAGAUAUGCACCUUUCCGCGGUUAAGUAGGUAAAUAUUUUGUGAAGACUAGAUUUAACGGAGAGAUAAGAGCGCUAAACUGGAUUACAAACUUUUAUCAACACUAAGCGCAUGAUUCUAAAGUACCACGUCUUAAUCCGAGUUUUGGGUAGCCAAAUAAAUUUUCAUGAUUCCACUUUUGCCCACAGCAAUCGUGCAAUUUUCCGACUAACUACUAGUUGAAUUUUAGUUUUAACUAUUAAAUUUUCUAAUGUUAUGCUUUGUUCAUUUUGCGUUACAAGAAAAAUAUAUAUGUGCGUGAGGAUAACACAGUGGGCAAUCUUGACUAAGCACGUGGACAUGAGUUUUGAAAGCAGGCCAAACGUAUCUAAACCAUUAUUCUAUAGGUUUUCUACAACGCUCUUUCCACCCGAAUGGUUUUUGAGUUUUAAAAAAGUUUCUCAAAGGGUUUUCCAGAGAUGGGAUCUCUCCAAACCACUUCAAAAACUUUAUCAGAAUUCAAAAACCAUUUCACUGGAAAGAGCAUCGCUGAAAACCUGUAUAAAAAUAUUUUAGAAGCGUACAUGAUUUUAAAUCUUGACUUUUAAAUUUUCGAGCAAAAAAUUCUACGGGCCGAUCCCAAAAUCUAAGAAUUCGAUAAGAUUCAAAAGUAUAUGUUUUUAACUUCAGAUUAGUUAAAAAGCACUUCAGUACCUACUGAAGUAUGCGUUCGAUCCUUUAUUUUGCAAAAUAUCUUGUCUGUCCUUUUCGAUUUCUACGAAAAUAGUGAAUGACGACUUCACAAAAUAAAUAUUUGCAUUCAGAUAAUAGUGUCAUCAAACCCACUUCAGAAAAUGCGGCAACAAAACAGGUAAUGAUGUCGGACAUAAUAGAAAUAGAAAAAUAAAAAAUAGUGUACGUCUGAUAGUGUAACUUACAACGCACGACGCACAAUGCUAUUCUUUAAGAAACUUCAGAGAGUUGAUAUCAACUUUUAACAAGAGAUUUCCUUAGUAUCUUGUCAGGUACUAAGGAGUUGUCAGUAGAUGUAACGAUAUAUCUUAUAAAGAGUGAUACGCAAUAAAAGGUGAACUAAGCACAAAGAGCAGUGGCGCGCAAACCUGCAUACACUUGAACGAGGUAGAUUGGCGUCUAAAGAAACGUAUGUGCAAAACUUUAAAGCAAGAGGUUCCAGAAAACUGAAUUAUUCAAUGUUUAUACAAGGUCAGAGAUGCAAACCAGCCAUUCUCAGAGCAAAGUGUACUAGGAAAUAGGACGUUGACAGAAAAUAUGUCUGUUUUUCUCUUUGUAGAAUAUGUCAUCUGCAGCUGUUGAACCCGUUUCAACUGUAAGCCAAUUUCAAGAUGGCGGAAGUUCUAACAGCAAUAACCAUCAGUCAAUCAGCGAUGCGGAUCAGCUGGUAAUAGAUAGUAUCUACAAUUACUGGUUUGGUGAAAAUGUUGAUACAUGGUCAGAAUCAUAUCCACUGCCAACACAAUUGUGGUUUGAAACUCGACUUGAUACCGAUCGACAGAUAAAGGAAAACUUUGAAAAAUACUUAAACGAAGCAGUUGAAUCGUAUUUAGAGAAGGAUGCGAGCGGAGGAAUGUAUCAACGAUGGAAAUCGAAUAUUCAUGGAAAAUUAACGUUGAUUAUAUUGUUUGAUCAAUUUUCAAGAAACAUUUAUCGUGGUACAGCUAGAAUGUUUGCUUAUGAUCACCUUGCGUUGGAAUUAGCUCUGGAAAUAAUUAGUGAACAUUCCACAACAUUAUAUAGUCCACCCGAACGUCUGUUCAUUUAUUUUGCGUUGUUGCAUUCAGAAAAUUUAUUACACACAUCAAAUAGUAUCCAGUUCAUCGAUGAUUUAGUUUUUUCUUUCAAAGAAGGUGGUGAUGGGGAACAGGGUAAACGAUAUGAAAAGAUUCGUCGAGUAUCAAAAGUACAUCACCAGAUAAUUAAAUCGUUUGGGCGCUAUCCGCAUCGUAAUAACCUGUUAUACAGACAAUCAACAAAAGAAGAAGAAGAGUAUUUGAACAGAGAGCAACAUGAUUUUAUUCAAUCUGUAGAAAAAAUAAAAUAA